UGCAGACCCCACGUUAAGGCGCCUUUUUUAACUGGACUCAUAGUAAAUUAUAAAAAUGAAUCUGCUUACGGUAACCUUUAUCUGCAGCCUGAUGUGCUGCACAAUCAACUGCCAGUAUCCAUGGGGAGGCGAUGGAUCCUAUCCCGGAUAUCAGGGAUACGGAGGGGGCUAUCCUGGAUCUGGAGGAUGUAACGGGUUCGCCGGGAUGUUAUCCUACCUGCUGGGCGGAAACCGGUGUUGCGGUGGUGGUUGCGGAGGCGGUGCGCCGGUUGUCUACUACCCUGUUCCGCUCCUUCCGGGGCCUAAUCCACCCUGUCCACCGGAAACGACAACCACCGCGCCACUUCCUACUUGCAGCGUAACUAUUGACCAGGGACCGUUUCAUCUCUGGAUAUGCGAUCAGACGUUUAACCCAGCCACCGUAAUAGGAUGCCCCUCUUCGAGGGUGACCUUUCAGCUGGUGGCAGGCAUACCUUCAUUGCCAUUUUCUUGUACCUCCAUUGAUAGCUUCGGCGUAGUACGGUUUAAUCCCGUUAGCGGCGGCUGCGCUGUGGGACCCGGAAUCGUUUAUAUGGGCAACUUAACAGCAAGGGAUAGCUGGACGGGGGCGACCCUAGCGACCAGCUCGAUCCAGAUAGACACUUCAAUGCUGAGCUGCUACGGCACAACAACAGCGACGGGAGCAACGACAACAUCCACGGCGGCAACAACAACAGCCAUGGGCGCAACAACACCGCCAGCUUGCAGCGUUUCUUACACACUUUCGACGUCACAAAACAACGGAAACUACCAUCCGAUCUACUGCCAAGAACAGUUUCUUACCCCGGAUUAUAUAAGCUGCCCUUUCUACCGAUUAUCCUACCAACUGAGUAACCUGCCCUGCGCGGAAGUGCGCAGCGACGGCGCUCUGAUUGUCAACGUCAACAAUCCGGGAUGCGACGUCAACUCGGGCAUUCCCAACUACGGCGUGAUGACCAUCACUGACAGCUUCACCGGCUAUCAGCUAGGAGUCUACUAUAUACAGAUGUAUCUGGAGAACCUUGGAUACUGCAAGCCAACGACAACUACCGCUACCACCACCACGACCUCCUAAUUAUUCGAAAUGAAUGAAUAUAAAAAACAUGAAUGGAUAAAAAAAAUAUUAAUUUAAAAAAUAGUGUUUUUUUAUGAUGCGACCGCAGUCUAGAAAUACGAAAUGAGUUGUGACUUACCAAUUAUACAGGAUCUUCUGCGACAUAGUAAAUGGCUGUUUUGACCGCCUACAGAUAAAAAGGAACGCCAUG